ACUAAUUCUUUAGAAAAAGGGACGCCAUUGCUCAGCCCCGUGGUUAUCUUUGGUCUCUGUCACUCUCUCUGGCUCUAUGUUUCUGACUUACUCUGUUUCUUUGUAACCAAGAAUUCUAUUCCUUCUUCUUCUCAUUCUGAUUACACAUACUCAAAUUGACCUCUGAAAAAGAGAGAGAUAAACACAAAUAAGGCAGGAAAUCAAUAUAGAACUUGUGGGAUUUCUAGAAACCUUCGAUUCUCAAUCUCAAGCUCAGCCUCUGGACUUGGGUUUUUAUUUUAGAUGGCCUUUACCAAGUCAGUGCAGAGAUUGAGCUGUUUUUUGGUGGAAAAUUCUUGGUCAUUGUAAAUAUUUCUUGCCUAUACCUGUAGUUUGAUACCAAAAAGGAAAAAACUCGGUAGAAGGAUUUCAUUAAAGAAAGAACACUAUGUCAGCUCUUCUAGCUAGAACAGGGAGACAUCGACAACGUUAUGAGAACAAUGUUCGCCUUGUUUCUGGAUGUAUUCCCUACAGAAUUAGGAAAGACACUAACGAAGAAACCAAUGAAUUAGAAAACAGGAUACAAGUCCUCAUGGUUUCCUCCCCAAAUCGAACUGAUCUUGUGUUUCCUAAGGGUGGAUGGGAAAAUGAUGAGACUGUAUAUGAAGCAGCCUGUCGAGAAGCCAUAGAAGAAGCAGGAGUUAAAGGAAUACUCAGAGAAGUACCCCUAGGAAUUUGGGAGUUCAGGAGCAAGAGUAAACAGGAUCCUUGCACCCUGGAAGGAGGCUGCAAAGGUUUCAUGUUUGCUUUAAAGGUCACCGAGGAGCUCGAAAGCUGGCCUGAACAGAAAAAUCGAGACAGGAAAUGGCUAAGCAUAAAAGAAGCUUUUGAAUCCUGUCGAUAUGAAUGGAUGCGAGAAGCACUGGGAAUUUUUCUAGGAGUUGUAGAAGAGGACAAGAGACCUGAGAUGCAGGAACAGAUGAUGGAACUGUCUUCCAUGCCAGUUUCAGAAGUUGUUGCAGAUUGUACAAUGUUGUCAUCAAACUGUUGUUCAAAGCCUGUGAAUGGACAGCACAAUGGUGUGAUUCCAUUCCCCUGGCAAAUUCCUCUCAAGGGCUUGCCAUUGACAUAGAAUAUGCAGGUCUUGCUCUUUUACCUUUACAAUGUUUAGGCUGUAGAUUCUGUUGCAUCUUUCAUUUUAUUUGUAUUAUAAUGAUCCACCAUGUAAGAGGAUCCCGCUAAGUAUCCAUAGCUGAAGGAUUAAAAUGCAGACUCGUAAUUGAUGAA